AUGGCUGCUACCCCUGGAGGUAGUGAUACCAACCAGGAUAUCCGGAAGUUCUUUGGUGUUGUACCUUCUGGCAAACGACAAGAAUGUGAGGCUAUGAAAAAGAGUGAAAAGAUUAAAAAUGGUGAAGGUCCCUCAAGUGGGAAGAAAAGGGGAAAGGAGGCUAAGGUGAAUAAUUCACCCAGUGAAGAUGAUUCCAAACAAAAGCGGACAAACAAGAAAAGAAGAAUAAUCUACGAUUCAGACUCAGAAGAGGAGUUGCAGUCAGUGAAAAAAUCCCAGAAGCCGUCUGAGAAAAAAACAACUACUUCAAAACUUGGUAAAGUUCUAAAGCAGGAUCCUGUUGUUUAUAUUUCAGAGACAGAUGAAGAUGACGACUUUGUCAAUAAAAGCAUCUCCCUGAAACCGAAGGAGAAUGGGACAUCAGUGAUCGGUUGUCCAGGAACAACUGCAGUGAAAAAGGAUGUAAAACCACAAGCUAAAAGCAAACCAUUAUCUCCAGUGAAACAGACUCUCACCUCGGCACUUGAUUACUUUGGGACAAGUAGUGUCCAACGAUCAGAAAAGAAACUGGUAGCAAGUAAAAGGAAAGAACUUUCACAAAGCAGAGACAGCACAGUAGAUGAUGAGGCCAUUGCUAGGCAACUGCAGCUUGAAGAAGAUUCAGAGCUGGAGAGACAGCUGCAUGAAGAUGAAGAAUUUGCUAAAACUUUGGCCAUGUUGGAUGAAACACCACAGAAGAAAAAGGCUCGGAAGGAUUCAGGAGGAGAACAAACCAUAUUGAGCAUCAAGAGCAGUCCUAACAUAACAGAAAGAUAUAAGCAGUCGGAAAGAGUGAAAGCAACAAACUCAACAGGUGAAGGAAAGAAUUACACUGCGAAGCAGCAGACUAAAUCUGAACAUUCGAAAGGGUCUCAUUUAUCCCCACAAUCAUCCGAUGGUAAAAUAGCAAGAGAGUUGACGGACAAGACCUUGCCUUUGAAACCUAGCUCUAAGCUUCUGUCUCUGAAACAAAAAGAAGAGAUUGCUGAAAAGGAAAGAGGUGCUCAAAGUUUAGUAUCAAAAGAAAAAACUAUUUCAGGGAAAGAAGAGAAGACAACACCAAAGAAGGAGAAGAUUUCUCCCAAGAAGAUUGAGUCUGUAAGUCCUGAGGACUCUGAAAAGAAGCGAAUCAAUUAUCAAGCCUACCGAAGCUUCCUCAAUCGUGAGGGUCCAAAAGCUCUGGGUUCCAAAGAGAUACCUCAGGGGGCUGAAAACUGCUUGGAAGGCCUGACGUUCGUAAUUACAGGCGUUCUGGAGUGCAUUGAAAGAGAUGAGGCCAAGUCUCUGAUUGAACGUUAUGGAGGAAAAGUAACUGGCAAUGUCAGCAAGAAGACAAACUAUCUGGUUAUGGGGCGAGAUUGUGGCCAAUCUAAAUGUGAGAAGGCAUCAGCUUUAGGGACAAAAGUUAUUGAUGAGGAUGGCCUGUUUGAUCUUAUUCGAACUAUGCCAGGGAAAAAGUCCAAAUAUGAGCUGGCAGCUGAAACAGAGGCAAAGAAAGCGGAGUCAAGACCUAAAAAGACACCACAGAAAGCUGAAGCUGGAAAAAGGAAUUUUAGCCCCUUCAAAAGGGACACUGAUAACAAAAAAAAGUCUACUCCUGAAAAAGGAGAUCCUGCCAAAUUUGUUAAGAAAGAAACCACUGCUGUUCGGAAGCUUGUGGACUUUAAAUGGCAAGCUGUAGAGGAGAAAGAAGUCCCAAAACCCAAGAGGAGCUUGGUUUCUGAGAUUAAUGACGAUGGAACAGAGAGAUUGCUAUGGGUAGAUAAAUACAAGCCCGCAUCUCUUAAGGCAAUAAUUGGACAACAGGGUGAGCAAAGCUGUGCCAAUAAACUGCUCCGAUGGCUCAGAAAUUGGCACAAGAAUACUUCAGAAGAUGGACAAGCAAAGACCAAUAAACCUGGAGGCAAGGAUGAUGGCACUGGUUUUAAAGCAGCAUUACUUUCUGGACCACCUGGAGUUGGUAAAACUACUACAGCUUCUUUGGUUUGUAAG